AAGGACAUCACUGCAACACCGAUAAUCAUAGCAGACUCUUCUGAUGAGCAAUCGUUGGCUGAUAUGGCUAGCAAAACGAAGGUUAUCAUAAAUGCUGUCGGACCAUAUCGGCUUUAUGGUGAACCGGUUGUGAAAGCAGCAGUUGAAAAUGGUGCCAACCAUGUGGACAUAUCUGGAGAACCUGCGUAUCUCGAAAAAAUGCAAAUGAUCUAUGGCGAGAAAGCCAAGGAAAAAGGUGUUUACAUAGUUGGCGCUUGUGGAUGGGAUUCUAUUCCAUGCGAUCUUGGAGUGAACUUUUUGAAAGAGAAGUUCGAAGGAGAUCUCAAUCAUGUGGAAACCUUUGUACAGAUGGUCAGCGGUCCAGCGAGCGUUGCUCAUUAA